CCUCUGCGAUUAAGCGGUUGGGCAGUAGGGUUUUAGCAAUCAAACCAACGUUUUCUCUCUCUUUGGCAGAGCAUACGAAAUAUGCCUGUUUGAACACUUUGGUUCCUUAGUUUGCUUCCUCCCAUGUCGGAUCCUCUGCGUGGAAAUCUUAGUCAACAGUUGUUUGGGUUUUAUAGUAUCACAUUUUGUUUGUUUGUACGAGAUUAAAAACCGGAGUUUGAGAGGGAUUGUGGGAUUGGUUUUGGCUGAGAAAUCCCGUUCCAGGCUCUGAUACAAGGUACUUUGUUUAUUAGUUUCGGUGAUUUUUGCGAUAUAUAUCCUUCUAUGGUUUAUCUGAUAUGUCCAUGUGGUUUCAUCCAUCAAUUAGAGUAUUGGGUUUUCCCAGAAAACGCACUAUUACUGGUUCUAACUGUAUUUGUAUGAAGUCGGUUUCUACAGCGCUUGCCCGCUUGAACCCAAUUGAAUCCUCAGAUUCAACCACUGAUGAUGAAUAUAUUACUGCCUCCCCCUCUACUUCUAAUACCGCUUCUGCUUGUAGUGGUAUUUCUGGAUAUACCACCAACCACAACAAGAACAGCACAUCUUUAGCCGAGGUAGACUCGAUCAGGGUUGUUCAAAUCUUGAGCACUCUGAGAAAGAAUCCUAAUACUGCACUGUCCUUCUUUGCCCAGUUGAAGGAACACGGCUUUCGGCAUAAUGCCUCCACGUAUGCAGCCCUUAUCAAGAUUUUAUGCUGUUGGGGUUUGGAUAGGAAGCUGGAUGCUGUCUUUUUGGAGCUCAUUCCUGGGUCUAAGAAGCAUCAACACCUGGACCCAGGAUUUGAAAUUUCUGAUUUGUUUGAAACACUUGAGGCAGAGGGGCUCCAGGUGAAUGAGACAUUGGCUAGAGCAUACAAUGCACUGAUUAAAUCUUAUGUUAGCAUUGCUAUGUUUGAUGAGGCCAUCGAUGUUUUGUUUCAAACAAAGAGGCGCGGGUUUGUCCCCCAUAUCUUUACCUGUAAUUUUCUCAUGAAUCGCUUGAUUGAGAAGGGGAAAGUGGACAUGGCUGUGGCCAUUUACAUGCAGCUGAAGAGGUUAGGUUUGAGCCCUAAUGAAUACACCUAUGCAAUUGUGAUUAAGGCUCUCUGCAAGAAGGGCAACUUGGAAGAAGCUAUUCAUGUGUUUCAGGAGAUGGAAGAAGCUGGUGUUACCCCUAAUGCUUUUGCUUACACGGCAUAUAUUGAAGGGCUUUGCAACCAUCAGAGGCCGGAUUUGGGAUAUCAAGUGCUACAAGUAUGGAAAGGGGCAAAUGCCUCUAUUAAUGCCUAUGCUUAUAAUGCGGUCAUUCGUGGGUUCUGUGGCAAGAUGAAAGUAGAUGAAGCGGAAAGUGUCUUUCUUGACAUGGAAAAACAAGGGGUGGUUCCUGAUGCAGAAAGCUAUGGUGCAUUGAUCCGCGGGUACUGCAAGGGUUGGAAUUUGCUAAAAGCUUUGGCUCUCCACACUGAUAUGGUGUCAAAGGGCAUAAAGAGUAAUUGUGUGAUUGUCAGCCCGAUUCUUCAAUGCUUGUCUAACAUGGGAAUGCCUUCUGAAGCAGUUGGUUUAUUCAAAGAAUUUAAGGAGUCCGGGAUGUUUCUUGAUGAGGUUUCAUACAAUAUUGUGGUGGAUGCUUUGUGCAAAGAGGGGAAAAUGGAAGAAGCCAUAGAUUUGCUUAAAGACAUGAAAGGUAAGAAUAUGAUGUUAGAUAUUAUGCACUAUACUACCUUGAUUAAAGGGUACUGUUUCCAAGGAAAAGUUAAGGAUGCAUUGAAUCUAUUUGAAGUAAUGAAGGAAAGGGGUUUCAAGCCUGACAUUGUUGUCUAUAAUGUCCUUGCUGCUGGGUUUUUUAGAAAUGGCCUCACAUCUAAGGCACUUCACCUUUUGGGUUAUAUGGAGGCACAGGGUUUAAAACCAAACUCUAUUACACACAACAUGAUUAUUGAAGGUUUAUGUAUCGGAGGCAAAGUAAAGAAAGCUGAGGAAUUUCUAAAUAGUUUAGAGGAUAAGAGUGUUGAUAACUAUUCUGCUAUGGUUAGUGGGUACUGUGAAGCUAAUUGUACAGAAAAGGCCUAUGAACUUUUUGUUAAGCUGUCAAAGAAAGGGGUUCUAAUUAAAAAAAGCUCCUGCUUUAAACUACUCAGUAACCUUUGCUUACAAGGUUUCUAUAAUAUAGCUCUUCAGUUGCUUGAGACAAUGUUGGCAUUGAAUGGAGAACCUAGCAGAACAAUGUGCGGUAAAGUCAUAGCUGCUCUUUGUCGGAAUGGAGAUGUGAAAAAGGCUCAGCGUUUUUUUGAUAUUCUAGUCGAAAGAGGGUUAACUCCUGAUGUCAUUACCUACACAAUGAUGAUUCAUGGUUACUGCAAAAUGAAUUGCUUACAGGAAGCUUAUGAUCUCUUCCAUGAUAUGAAGGAGAUGGGAAUUAAACCUGAUGUCAUCACUUACACAGUUUUGCUUGAUGGUCAUUGCAAAAAAAAUAUAAGAAGGUUUUGUUCCCCUGUAGAUGCGAGGAAAAACAAGGGAAGGGAAAUGGAUGCUUUAACUGUCUGGACAGAAAUGAAUGACAAGGAUAUAAGACCUGAUGUUAUUUGUUACACUGUUUUAAUUGACAGGCAAUGUAAGACAGGCAACCUUCAGGAUGCUAUUGCUCUCUUCGAUGAAAUGAUUGACAGAGGACUAGAGCCUGAUACAGUGACGUACACAGCUCUUUUGUCAGGCAUUUGUAAUAAGGGAUAUCGGGAUACGGCUUUGACCCUUUAUAGUAAGAUGUCUUCUGAGGGAAUACUGUCAGAUACCCGCACCAUCUCAGUUCUACACCGCCACGGUAUUAUAAUAGCCAAGACGAAGGAAGUGCAAUUUUGAAAGUAAGCAAUGGUUGGAUGAACCCAAAAUCUAUAUUCAGUCAAGUAUUUAAAGAUGGCUAUUGAUUUUACAGGCAGAGAAGAAGGGAAGCUUUGUGCGUAGGCCACUUGGAAGUCGGUCAUCUGCAGAAUCCCUGUGGAGUAAUGGACAUUUACCUAGAUCACGCAGAGGACGGGGAUAAAGACCAAGAUUGUGAAAGGGAUGAUGGGGUUAAAGAUAGAGACUGAAAACUGAGAAAGGGGUAGACUUGCCAAAAGUUCUGCCUAUGUUCCCUUUUCCAUUUUGGUUUAAUUUAUAGUUGGUGAUGUUUUUUAUGAUAAAGCCAUCAGGUUUGAACAGGACAUGCUGUUAGAGUUUGUGAACGAAACAAGCAAGCAUGUAGAACUACCGAAAAAGAUCAACAACAAUAAAAUCAGAACAGAUGGUCCAAUCGGUAUUUUGGACCACUUCGCAGUUCUAAAUCUCAGUUGCAUUGAAGGUUUAUAUGGUGAUAGUGGGGUUGAUGUGAUGCAUCGUGGAGGAAGAAUAUAACUGUUACUUUGCCUGUUAUACCAGUGUGCUUAAAGCAGAAACAAGAAGAGUAGUUGUAUUGGCGCAGAUAAAAGAAAUCAGUGAAAAGAAUCGCAAGGAAGAUAAUGUGUCUCUUGCUAUUUCUGCUGGACUAGACAACCAGCUGGUGGGAGAUCAGAUGACUUGCAUUCUCCCCAUUCGGGUAUGCAGGGGAAUAAGGCAAAAAUCCUGGGCAGUAAUAGUCUGAUGCUUUAAGAUAGACUGCGGUUGGGUAAGGUCCUUCUUCCCCUCCCUCCACCCCCCCAGUUUCCCUCGGCCAGCUCAAUACGGUCAUUGAGAAGUCUUCCACGGCUUCCCUGUUGGGCGGUAGGGUCAAGGACUCUAUGGAGAAAAAGAGGAGACCAAACAAGUCCAGUCAGGGAGUGAUUAAACAAGCUUCCCCCCUCCCCAAAUUAGGGGGAGGAAGAAAUAGCUCCUCUUGUAGGAGCAGUGCUCUAGCUUUUGUCCGCUUUUGGAGUUUGGAAGAUAAGAGGUCUCAAUGACCCAAUGAAGCAAAGAUUUGUUAGGAAAUUUAUUCUAGAGCACAAUCUAGCUCUUAUGGGGCUGGUUGAGACAGAGGUAAAGGAAGUAAAUAAGGGGGGAGUUUUUAGAGCUAUUGCUAAAGGUUGGAUAGUUAUCUGUAAUUACUUCUCCUCUCCUAGAGCAUAUUUGGACUUUGAGUACCCUGAUCCAGACAUUCAUGAAGAUCUAUCUAUAUCAGCUCUUUGGAUAAGUAACAUGUGGAUAAGUUUGUUACAGCUGAACAGUUGGAUUCAUAGUUCUCUCCCAUGCAAGAGGCUGCAGCAUUCAAGGAAGGAAGCAAUGUGUAGUGCAAUGGAAGUUCUCCGCCCAUCAUGGGGCUAGGCCAUGCAGUGAAGCCAAACAUUUGUUGGAACCGCUGUUAAAACUAGCAGUUGGAACCGCUGUUAAAACUAGCGUUGGAAGAGAUGCCAAUAAAAAGGCAAAUAGUCGCAUUUUGAAGCAAGGUCAAGGGCAAGGGCAGUGCUAGGGAGCCACUUUUGUUAAGUUGAAGCAACAGUCUUCAGUUGCUGCUGUAUCCCUCUAUAAGAAUUGCCGUGGAUCUAAAUCCAUUAUGGUUUGCUUUGUUACGGAAGCUUGUGCAAAAGAAACAACAUAUAAUUGGAAAAACUGUGAGGGAUUGAAAGAUGAUUUGCCCAUUUAUUGAGUUUUGUUUUUAGUUUAAGCAGCCAAAGAUUAUGAAAGAAAAUUGUUCGAAAAUACAUACAACUUUUUUUUGGUUU